UCGAUAGUUGUCAGAACUUGUUUUGCUUUUUACGUUAAAACAAAACGCAACAUAAACAAUUGGGAGAAUUCAUCACACUAUCCUCAGAUUUACAUACUUUCACCGGAAGGUGAAUCUGUUUACCAUGGGCGACAUCGAAGUAAAGAAGGAGGAACAACCGACGACGCCCUCCAAUUCCUCGUCCAGUGACGACGACGAGGAGGCCCCAGACGACACAAUGGAUAAGGUUCGACGCUUCUUUGCAAACACUCUACAUCUCGGCGGCUCCUCGGACGCAAAGGAGGAAGUUAAAGUAGAGAAGGUUAUUCCAGAUUUGAGUUUUGACGGCUUUGCCGAACAUUGGCGUGUGCAUGGUUUCCGCAAGAUUGUGACCAUGGUGGGAGCCGGCAUAUCUACAUCUGCUGGCAUUCCGGAUUUCAGAUCCCCAGGUUCCGGGUUAUACAGCAAUCUGAAGAAGUACGAGCUGCCACAUCCUACGGCCAUAUUCGAUCUGGACUACUUCGAAAAGAAUCCAGCGCCGUUUUUUGCACUGGCCAAGGAACUUUACCCUGGAUCCUUCAUUCCCACGCCGGCCCACUACUUUAUCCGUUUGCUUAACGACAAGGGACUACUGCAGCGCCACUACACCCAGAACAUAGACACGCUAGACCGGCUUACUGGCCUGCCCGAGGACAAGAUCAUUGAGGCCCAUGGCAGCUUCCACACCAACCACUGCAUUAAGUGCCGCAAGGAGUACGACAUGGACUGGAUGAAGGCGGAGAUCUUCGCCGAUCGUCUGCCCAAAUGCCAAAAGUGCCAAGGCGUUGUUAAACCAGACAUUGUUUUCUUUGGCGAAAACUUGCCAAAGAGAUUUUACUCCAGUCCUGAAGAGGAUUUCCAGGAUUGCGAUCUGCUGAUCAUCAUGGGCACAUCGUUGGAAGUGCAACCGUUUGCUUCACUGGUGUGGAGACCAGGACCACGUUGCAUUCGCCUCUUGAUCAAUCGCGAUGCAGUGGGUCAGGCCAGCUGUGUGCUCUUUAUGGAUCCCAACACGCGAUCGCUACUCUUCGAUAAGCCCAAUAACACUAGGGAUGUGGCCUUUCUGGGCGACUGUGAUGCUGGCGUAAUGGCUCUGGCCAAAGCCUUGGGCUGGGACCAAGAGCUGCAGCAGCUAAUUACAAGUGAAAGGAAGAAACUGAGCGGCAGCCAGAAUAGUGAGGAGCUGCAACAAGGCAAAGAGAAACCGCAAUCGGACCCGGAUAAGAUGACUUCGGGCGAUAGGGACAAGAAGGAUGCUUCGCUUUAGACCCUAAGAUUAGUUAGUAACAUCCGUAGUUAAUUUGUAGUUGAAUUGUGCAAUUUGUUUACAUGUGGAUUACGUGUAUAAAGCGGACAAUGCCAAGCGCAGGCAUUGCUGGCUAAUACCGCGAGCUUUCUUUCUCCUCCGUUUCCGGCAUUCAAUUAUUCAAGUGCCAUUUGUGAGCCAUUAGCGUGUCCCUUUUGGCCGGGCCACCAUAAACCGCAAAAACUGAUUGAGUUGCUCUGCCGUUUCCGGCGCACAAAAAGCAGCAAACCGCCAACAAAGGUUAACUCUCGACAUGUUUCUGUUUCGUUUUCUGCUCUGAUCCGGGCUUGGCUAUGGAUUUCGAUGCUGGUGUUGGUGUUGGUGCUGAUGCUGAUUUCGAUUCAGUUACAGCUGCCCAGCCCCUCGACAUGGCUCGACCGCUGCUGUGGGCGUGGCAUGUGGCAUUCUAACUGCCUGUUUGUGUGGCUUACACGGAUGCUGCUCCUGCUCCUGCUCCUCCUCCUGCUGCUGCUGCUACUGCUGCAUCAACUUAAUGACUCGCAAUCUGUCCUGCAGAAGCACACACGCACAAAGCGAAAGAGACACACACGGUAGACCGGUAAUGAAGCUUCUGCGGUGAAUUGGCCAAUAGAAAAUACGUACGGGCAGGACUAAUUAAAACCAAGCUCGCAAUCGGGCCAGCGGAUAGCUACUGCCGGGGUACACAACCGGAUAUUGUUAAUCGUUGACAGGGGCGACGGUUCGGAGGUGGAUGCAUGGUAUGAUGGGAGGCAUCCCAGCCUGUCAACUUCGGGACAUGAAUGGCUGCAGAUGCAUUAGGAAAUCAAAUGCAGCCACGGAAAUAUUGAUAGCCACGCAAUUUGUUGCAGUUUCAGCUGCCACUGCUGUUGCCAUUGGAAUUGCACUUGCUUUUGGCCCAAAACUUUUGCAAUUAAAGCUAAUGGCCUAAGAUCUUGUCUAUGUGCAAUUUUCCCGAGUCUUGCCUUCUCAGCGAAUGUUU